AUGGCAGGCAGCGGCUGCAGCAGCAGCAGCAGCAACACCGAUGAGCAGCAACACCAGAAACAGAAGCACCAGCAGCCGCAGCAACAGCAACAGCAGCAGCAGCAGCAACAGCAGCUCUCCCCCUCCAGCUGUGCAUACACCCCACAUGUUAAAAGCCGCCGCCGACCCGUCAAACCCUCUCCCCGGCAGCAGCAACAGCAGCAACAGCAACAGCAACAGCAGCAGCAACAGCAGCGGCAGAAGCAGCAGGGGCUCCACAAUGUUAAUGAGCAGGAAAACACCUCUAGUGGUGAAAUGUGUAUCGCUGCAGCACCGGUUGCUGCAGCUGACACUGCUGCUGCAGCCACAGUAGCUGCAGUUGCUGCUGCUGCUGCAGCAGCAACUGCAGCAACCGCAGCAGGAGACAAUUCAGGGCCGGAAGAACUCCCACAGCAGCAGCAGGAACAGCAGCAGCAGCAGCAGGAACAGCAGCAGCAGCAACAGGAACAGCAGCAGCAGCAACAGGAACAGCGGCUGCAACAGCAGGAACACCAGCAGCAGCAACGGGAAAAGCACCAGCAGCAACAAGAACAGCACCAGCAGCAACAGGAACAGCACCAGCAGCAGCAGCAACGGCAGCAGCCACACGAACAGCAGCAGCAGCAGCAAAGGCAGCAGCUGCGGCAGCAGCAGCAGUGGGAGCAGCAGCAACACCAGCAGCGGCAACUGCAGGUCGCGGGAGAGAAACUGCAGCAGACGCAGAAACAGCAACACCAGCCCCACAGCAUGCAGGACGAGCAGCAGCAACAGCAGCAGCAGCAGGGCCAGCAUCAAAGGAAACAUCAGCAGCAAAGUGCCGCACCCUUGCUGUUGUCGCAGCAGCCUCGGCAGGAGCAACAGCAGCAGCAAGCAGCACCCGAUGUCUGUGAAGAAAAGGAAACUGAAGAGAAGCUGCAGGAACAACAACAACAACAACAGCAGCAGCAGCAGCAGCAGCAACCGGAACUGCGCGUUACUCCUCGUGAAGCCCUCGACCAACCAAAGCCUUUGGAGCAGCAGCAGAAGCAGCAGCAACAGCCACCGCAGCAGCAACAGGGAGCUCGCGUCCGCUUCUCGCAUGAACAGCAGCAACUGGAAGAGGAACAGCAGCAGCAGCAACAGCAGCAACAGCAGCAGCAGCAGCCACAGCAGCAGCAGCAACUGUAUCAGCAGCGGAAGCAGAAGAUAAAGGAGAAAUGGAUAAGCCAAGCAACAGAGCUGCUGCGACUGCGGCAGCAGCAGCAGCACCAUCGUAGCCAGCUGCAGCAGCUACUGGCGCAGCAGCAGCAGCAGCUGCAGCGGCAACCGCAUAUGGAAGACAGCAGCCACCAAGAGAGAGAGGCGGACCUGCAGCAGCAGCAACAGCAGCACCAACAGCAGCAGCAGCAGCAACAGCGGCAAAACCAGCAGCACCAGCACCAGCAACUGCAGCAGCAGCAACACCAGCAGCAGCAGCAGCAACAGCACCGGCACCAGCAGCACCAGCAGCAGCAACAGCAGCAGCACCAGCAGCAGGAGAUAGGGGACGGCUUGUGCAUAGACAGCGGAAAACUGCAGCACCAGUCAGCAGUGUCUCCGCAGCAGCAACAGCAACGACUGCAGCAGCAAGGACGACAGCAGCACAGGCUGCAGCAGCAGCAGAAACGACUGCUGCAGCAGCAGCAAAAACUGCAGCAACAACAAAAGGAGCGGCAGCAGCAACAGCAUCAACAAAAGCGAAGGCUCGAGCAGCAACAUCAGCAGCAGCAGCAACGGCAACAGCAGCAACAGUAUCAGCAGGAAGAGGAGCACCAUGAGCAACAGCAGCAGCAGGAGCUCCAGAAGCCACAGCAAGAGGAAGAGGUACAACAGCUGCAUCAGGCGGAGCAGCAGCAGCAGCAGCAACAGCAACUGCAGCAGCAGCAACAACAGCAAGUACAGCAGCAGCAGCAGCAGCAGCAGCAAGAAGCUGCUGUUCCUCUGUGGGUGCGGCAUUUGCUGCAUGAAGGAGAAGAAACAAUUAUUACUUCUGCAGACAGGAAAAGCCGUCACAGCAACAACAGCAACAAUCAGCAGCAGCAGCAGCAGCAGCAGCAGCAGGGACACAGCACAAUAGGGGCAGCUGUUUCUGGCUUCUUUCAUUGGCUUGCAGCGCCAGCGGAAAGUGCUGAGCACUCCAAGAAGCAGCAGCAGCAACAGCAGCAGCAACAACAACAACAGCAGCAGCAGCAAAAGCAGCAACAGGAGGAAGACACGGAGCAGCAGCAGCAGCAGCAGCAGCAAGAGACGGGGCAGCAGCUACAAGGCAGUGAAUCCCACAACCGCACGCUGCAGCAGCAGCAAACGGACGAUAAAGAAAAGCGUCAGGAGCAGCAGCAGCAGCAGCAGCAGCAGCAGCAGCUGCAGCAGCAGCAACAACCGCAGCUACAGCAGCUGCUGCAGCACGCCGGACUGUAA